AUGCUGCUGGAGCGCGCCCGCGGGGAGAAACCUGCCCCCGCCGAGCCCUGCGCCUUCGGCAGGAACCCAGACAUCCCUCUCUGUGCAGGCUGCAACCAACACAUUGUGGACCGUUUCAUCCUGAAGGUGCUGGACCGCCACUGGCACAGCAAAUGCCUCCGGUGCCACGAUUGCCAGGUGCAGCUGGCGGAGAAGUGCUUCAGCCGCGGGGAGAGCGUCUAUUGCAAGGAGGACUUCUUUAAGAGGUUUGGGACGAAAUGUGCAGCUUGCCAGCAGGGCAUCCCGCCCACCCAGGUGGUGCGAAGGGCCCAGGAUUUUGUCUACCACCUCCACUGCUUCUCCUGCAUCGUCUGCAAAAGGCAGCUGGCCACCGGGGACGAAUUCUACCUCAUGGAGGACAGCCGGCUGGUCUGCAAGGCCGACUACGAGACCGCCAAGCAGAGGGAGGCUGAGUCCACGGCGAAGCGACCUCGCACCACCAUCACCGCCAAACAACUGGAGACCUUGAAAAAUGCCUACAACAACUCUCCCAAACCGGCACGGCACGUCCGGGAGCAGCUGUCUUCCGAAACAGGCCUGGAUAUGAGAGUCGUCCAGGUGUGGUUCCAGAACAGAAGGGCCAAGGAGAAGCGCCUGAAGAAAGACGCCGGGAGGCAGAGGUGGGGACAAUAUUUCAGAAACAUGAAACGCUCCAGGGGGAAUUCCAAAUCGGACAAGGACAGCAUCCAGGAAGGGGGACCAGACAGCGAUGCUGAAGUUUCCUUCACAGAUGAACCUUCCAUAUCCGACAUCAACCAUCCCAACGGGAUUUACAGCACUCUCGGGGAAAACUCCCCCGUCCUGGCGAAACCCCCCGGGAGCGGUGGAAACUUCUCCUUGGAGCAUGGUGGCCUCCCAACUCAGGACCAAUUCCACGAUCUCCGGUCAAACAGCCCUUACGGGAUGCCCCCCUCGCCAGGCUCCUUACAAGGCAUGUCCGGCCACCCAUCCUUGAUGUCCAGCUUGGUUUACCCAGACCACGGCUUGGGCAUUGUGGGCCAAGGCGGACAAUCGGUGCCUCAACCCAUGAGGGUCUUGGGUGGGAACGGACCCCAUUCGGAUCUCUCGUCGGGAAGCAGCGGGGGGUACCCGGAUUUCCCAGCCAGUCCGGCUUCUUGGCUAGACGAAGUUGACCACGCACAGUUUUGA